CUCAAGAUAUGGGUGUUUGAGCUGUUGCAAUGGAAGGCCCACUUCGCUCAACUCAUGUCUGAUUCAGAUGAGUUUGAGUAUGAGUCGGAUGAUGACCCAUAUGGCGGUGCUGAGGAAGAGGAUGGGGACGAGGAAGCAAUUCAGAUAGAGAACACUUUCUACGAGGCUGAUGACAACAAGCAGAAUUUUCCUGAGCAGGCCCUGGAACAAUUCCAAAGAGUAGUUACAUUGGAGGCAGCUCGUGGAAGUGAGGUGGUUUGGAGGUUCAAGGCUUUGCAGAACAUUGUGAUUCUUUGCGCUCGAAUUGGACGGUUUGAUGAAAUGGCUUCUCGAUAUCGAGAACUUUUGAGCUACAUGGACCAGGUCACUCGAAACGAUGCCUCUGAAGCCAUCAACACGGUGCUCGAUUCGGUAUCAUCUGCAAGUGACCUGGCCAAGCUCGAGACGAUAUACGAGCUAACCCUCGACGCAUUGAAGGCAACUGCCAACCAGAGGCUAUGGUUCAGCACUUCAGUGAAGCUGGCGAAGCUUCACCUUGAAAUGGGUGAUGUGCAGAAGCUGCAGAGGCUUGUGAAGGCCCUGCACCGGACUUGCCAGAAGGCUGAUGGUACAGAUGAUGUGAGCAAGGGCUCGCACUUGCUGGAAGUGUAUGCGUUGGAGAUUCAGAUGUGCACGCUGACCAAGAAUUCCCUCCGCAUGAAGGAGAUCUACCCGAAGACCAUCAAUCUUACAUCGGCGAUUGCAGAUCCACGAAACAUCGCUGUCAUUCGUGAAAGUGGUGGCAAGAUGUUCAUGAGCGAGAAGAAGUGGGAGGCUGCGUACAACGAAUUCUUUGAAGCAUUCAAGAACUACCAGGAGACUGGCAAUGCAAGCAGGGCAAAGAUCAUGCUGAAAUAUGUGGUACUGGCUAAUAUGCUGGCGCUGUCUUCCAUCAAUCCAUUUGACUCGCGCGAAGCAAAGGUUUAUCAGGAUGAUCCUGAAAUCAGUGCAAUGGCCUCUCUUCGAACGGCUUAUGAGCAAAAUGACAUUGGUACCAUUGACCAGCUGUUGACCAACCCGUCCUACCGGAUCCUGUCUGAUGCUUUCAUUCGCACCUACUUGCAGGAUUUGCUGCGAAAUAUACGGUUGCAGGUGCUUCAGAACUUGAUCAAACCAUACCGUUGCGUUAGCUUGGACUUCCUAGCGAAGGAGAUUAAUGUCACCAGUGACGAGGUCGUUUCUUUAUUGGUCCAAUUGAUUUUGGAUGAGAAGAUUGCUGCCAGAAUAGAUGGCAUCGAGGGCUUUCUGCAAGUCAGCUCCGGUGGUGGAGAAAAGGCAAAGCAAUUCACUGGAUUGCAAAAGUGGGUGGACUCCUUCGAACGCAUACAUAGCGGCCUCCACGGCAAGUUGAACCAGAUGCAACAUGGAUGAACAGC